AUGACAUCUACUAUUCUCAUCGUCGGGGCCACGGGCAACACUGGCCGUAGCGUGGUUGAAACGCUAUCCGAAUUGCUCAACAACUCCAGCGAAAUUCUGCCAGGUUGCAGGAUCCUCGCGCUCACGCGCUCUCUCCACGGGCCAGCGGCCCAGCAGCUCACUCGGCUGCCCCGUGUCGAAGUGGUUGAGCAGAACUGGGUUCAGAUUACGGCUGAUUGGCUCCGCCAAAAUCGAGUUGUAAGAGCAUUCAUUGCAUCUCACAAUCUGCCAACUCAGUUUGCCGAGGAAUCGGCUUUCCACCUCGCUGCUCUUCAAGCCGGUGUCGAGUAUGUCGUCAGAAUCUCGACGACGGCUGCGAAUGUGCGCCCAGAUUGUCCGGCCUACUAUCCACGGACGCACUGGGCAAUUGAGACACUCUUGAGCUCGCCAGAGUUCCAGAAUUUGCAGUGGACCUCGCUCCAGCCCAACAUAUUCUCCACGUUUUAUAUUGCGCCCGCCGCAGAACUUGUCAACAACUAUCGAAAAUCUGGAAAGCAAGGCGCCCUACGGCUACUUGCUUCGCGGGAUUCCCCAGUGGGUGUCAUUGAUCCCGCUGAUGUUGGGGUUCUGGCGGCCCAUCUACUGGUUACGAACGAUACCUCUAAGCACAACAAAGCGAAAUACAUUGUGAACGGACCCGAGGAUAUCACAGGCCAGCAGAUCGUGAAGAUGGUGGAGGAUCAGAUUGGCACACGAGUUACAGAUGUCCGCUACCAAGAUACAUCUGUUAUUGAUGAGAUGGCCGCCCAAAAUCCAGAGUCAAGAAAUAUCAUCCUGUCUGCCAAGCACGCACCAGAGACGGCAUGGGCUGGGGAAUGCACUGCUGCCACAACGAGCAAGGAGGUGCUUGAGCUUGCAGCCCCCAAGAACACCCCCGCGGACAUGUUCAAUGCCUUGUUGCGGGCAUAA